CUUAAUUGUUUGCUUUAUAGCCCAGGAUGAAGUCAGUCCAGUUUUGCUUCCUUUUCUGCUGCUGGAGAGCAAUCUGCUCCAAGAGCUGUGAGCUGACCAACAUCACCAUCACAGUGGAAAAGGAGGAAUGUCGCUUCUGCAUAAGCAUCAAUACCACAUGGUGUGCCGGCUACUGCUACACCCGGGAUCUAGUGUACAAGGACCCAGCCAGGCCCAACAUCCAGAAAACAUGUACCUUCAAGGAGCUGGUGUAUGAGACCGUGAAGGUGCCUGGCUGCGCUCACCAGGCAGAUUCCCUAUAUACCUAUCCAGUAGCCACUGAAUGUCACUGUGGCAGAUGUGUCAGUGACAGCACUGACUGCACUGUGAGAGGCUUGGGGCCCAGCUACUGCUCCUUCAGUGAAAUGAAGGAAUAAAGAGCAACGGACAUCUCAGGUGACUUACCCUUGUCCUGAAGGACCAAGAUAUCCAAGAAGUCUGUGUGUGUACAUGUGCCCAGG